UGCAGUGGUGGAGAAGGCCAUACGUCAGAGGCAUAAUGGCGGAGGCUGGUUGAAGAGGACAGGCACUCCGCAAAGCUGCGCUGUUACCUAUUUCUUCGCCCUCAGCAGAGGUUCGCAGUGCCUAAAAAUGGCCUGCAAUUCUUACGCGGAAAUUGAAAACGACAACAAAAGCCUUAAGUCCAGUGGGAUUUCAUCCGAGGGCUGCAACUCUCAGAAGCAAUUGUUGUCAGAUAGUAUCUCGGCCACAUCCAAGCAAAAUGGCGAACAAGCUGUAUGUGAAGACGAGCAAAUGUCUGAACAAGAUACGUCUGAGCGGCGGAAGAGCGGGAUGAUGGAUUUAAAAACCAACAGUACUUCACCGUCGACACUUCAGAGACCUGCAGAAGAGUUGCUAAGAAGAAAUUUUCAGAUUCCGCGGAAGAUCAAGGAAAGGAAAGGUUUGUUCCAGAACCUUUCCCCGGAAUCUCGUGAGUUUGAUGAACUUGUGAGGCUUCUCUCCUCUUUCUACCUGGAGCCCAACUCGCGGGGGACCUUCACAUACACCAAAGCCCGUCUCAUUCACAACGAGCUCCUCGAGAAAGAAUUCAUUGAGAAGAAGAGGGAACUCAAGCAGCAUGGCCGCACAGAUGCAGAGCUGGAGGAGACGUACGGCUUCUUGCUUCCGGACAAAGACAAGGUCCAAGCCAUCUGUGAGAAAGGUCUGUCUGUGGGCCACUCCCGUGUCAGCAUGCUGGGCAGUCCUGCUAAAGGUGUGUAUCUGUCAAGGUACUCUGAUCUAUUGCAAGUCAAUACAUUUGAACCCGGAACAACCGGAGAAAUCAUAGUGUUCAAAAUUAUGAAGGGUAAAUUAAAAACCAUAUAUGAAAGCACACCAAAGAACGUGGUGGACCCUACGCAGAAGUUCGACUGUCACGUGUUCAAGAACGCGAGCAAAGUGGCGUCCCUCUACUCCUACCGGGCGUUUGAGCACACUCAGCAAUACUUGUUUGAGUUUGCCUACGAAGAGCUGAAGGCCCGGCCCAGACACGUGUGCCCUUACGCAGUGUUGUCUUUCCAGUACAGAGGCAAAGAAACAGGGGCCUCUCUAAACAGGCUCAACAGCCCCAUGAGUGAUGGAAAUCGAGUGAGGCGCAGGUACACGGUCUGGAGUGGGACCCUGGUGAAUAAGGGAGAGGAGCUUUUCCAGAUUAGCAUCCGAUCUUCCAACCUCCCCCUUCUGCCCUUCCGAAUACCUGAUAAACUGGACGUCAGCACAGCGAUGCACUUGGAUGCAAUGAAGAGGAAGAUACCAGCGCUGCUAUCGUGGGACACCUUCUACGGCAAGCGGGAAGUGUUAAAGUAUGGCAUGUACUGCAGUUUGUUUGAGGUGGUGAGCAAGAGCAAACCUGGCAACCAAAAUCUAUCUGGACUGCUACAGAAGCUUGAGAAGGACAAAAUAGUGCUUGUGAAGCCUUUGAUGGACAAAGGAUUUCUCUUCCUGCUUUCAUCCGCCCAAAUGCAAAUAUCGAAUGAGAGGAAGAGUCGAUUGGAAAAAGGUUUACAGGCCCUCUUCAUCUUUCAAGACCCUAGACUGGCCCCAACAAAAUUCUCAGCCACAUGCACUGCUCCCCCUCCUCGCGACCCGAGUGACGGCGUGGUCCUGCGUCGGCUGGAGCCCUUCCUGCCGGCCAUCCACCACGCACUGCUGCGCCUGCGCUCGCACCCGCCCAAGGACCUGGGGGCGGCCGUGGAGCGCCAGGCCACGGACUACCUGGGCCAGCAGCGGAGCGGCCGCGGCCCCCCGGCCGCCUUCCGGCUGCCCGAGUACCGGCAGCACCUGGACGAGCGGCCCGGAUACCCCUCGGGUCCCCGGCCGCGCUUCAGCGGCGAUGCCCUGCGCACCUAUCUCCACGGGCCGACCUGCUACCAGCUGGCCACCACCAAGGCCCACGGCCUGCUCAGCGGCGAGGGUCUGGAGCAGCGGCGACCGCACAGACCGCCGCCGUCCGUGUCCUCGACCGUUCCGGCAGCAGCGACCGCCACGGCCUCCGCAUCGGCGUCCAGCCUGGCCAUCUCCCCGGCACCGUCGCCCGCGGGGAUGUCGGACGACCGCAGCCCAGCCUCCGACUGGGGGAGUCAGGAGAGGGCGGCCCCCGCAUCGGCGGCCCCUGCAUCAGCGGCCCGAGUGACGCAGGCCAACGGGGGGAGCCAGAGAGCCCCCCAGCGCACGGGAGGAGAGUACGACAAGGAGAAGAUGGAGAAGCUGCUGCAGCUGAUCCACAUGCACAAACGGACGCUGGCGGGGGGGAGGGAGGACGAAGACGACGGCUGGGACGCCGCCGGACUCAAAAGGAGGUUAGAGGAUGAAGGGGGAGCGCAGGCCAGCAAGUACCUGAGGACCAGCCUGCUGAGCAACGGAGAGCCUGGGAGAGUGCCUGGUAGUGAGGAGGGCGGCUCUGAGGAGAGUCCGUCGCUGUCCCUCUCCAUGGUGAUGGACAGCAUGGGCAUCUGUGACACUGACCUGCGCGACCGCGUGGGCCCGACGUCCGAGACGCACCGGCUGAUCAAGCUGCUCAUGAGCACGCUCAACCGGGCCAUCACUCACGGCGCCUCGGGGGCCGAGGUCGCCGCCGAGACCCUGGAACGGGUCAGCGCCGAGGGGCUGGGGCUGGAGCUGGGCCUGGGCCGGGCCGAGGCGACGGACCUGGACCUGCGGUCACGAGUGAAGGACGAGGAGCCGUCGUCUACGCAGGACUACCUAGAGGAUCAGACAGCAGGCAGUAUGAGCAGUAUGGAUGUGUGCAGUCCUGCAUCACCCGGAGAGCCUCUGCAGCAGGCCACCUCGUCCUCAGACGUCCUCGACCACUGGGGUCACUCAGAGAAGGGUCCUCUCCCAGUCCCGGAGCGCAUCCCCCGUCGAGCGGACGGCGACAGCAAAGCGAUGGGCCAGUCCCUGGACGCCAUCGUCCACAACGAGUUCCAGUGCCUCUCGUCCCACAUCAAGCACUUGAUGGACAGCCAGCACAUCUACUACGCCCCCCAGGCCCCGGCGCAGUGGCCCGACCCCCACCUGCUGCGGCUCAGCUCCACCUUCUCCACCUUCGUAUCGCACCACGUCAAGCCGCUGGCCGUGCAGCCGUACCUCGGCACACUCCGCGAGCGCAUCGGACACCUUCUGGCCCCGCCCAGAUCUGCCCCUGCGCCGGGGGUCAAAGUGGAGCACCCCGUAACUGUUACUGCCUCCACCCCUCCUGCCUUUACCCCCACAUCUGCCUUCACUCUCGCUCCUGCCCCAGGUCCGCUUACGGUUACUGCGGCUCCCACGACGGUUCUACCCCCCGUCCACUCUCCUGCCAACGCUAUAGGCCUGGCCCCAGCCGCACCCAUGGUAGUUACCCCAUCGCAUCCUCCCCCCAAUGUCUCUGGUGCUAUUUCUGCCCCACCGGCAGUUCCAACCCUACACCAUCCUGCUCCUAUUGCCCCAGCGCACGUGGCUCCCUCUGCAGUUUCCAUUACUGCCGCCGCCGCUUCUACCCCUCCUCCUGCUGUUGCCCCUACGAGUUCUUUUACCCCACCGGCCAAAGCCCCCACCGCUUCGGUUGCCCCACCGGCCAAGACCUCGAGCAAGCCACGCAUGGGCACCGUCAAAGACCCCCACAAGCCCCUCGCCACUGCCAUGGAGAAAGCCGAGAAAACCCCAGAAGUCAAACCAAUGGUCUCGGCCCUCGCCCUGGACCCUCCUGUCUCCUCUCCCUCAGCGGUCAGUCAGCUGCAGCAGCAGCAGCCACACCAGGCACCGCCCCCUUCCUCCGAUCCUGCCCUUGUGCCCGCCCCCACGGCCAACCCCAGCGACAGCACGAGCGCGGCCAACAGCCUGAUCAGCCAGAUCAAGCCGGACGUGUUCCUCAGCCUGGUGCAGAUGGUGCAGAGGAACACGCUCAAGUUCUACAUCCACGUGAGCGAGGAGGACAGCGAGACUCAGCUCUGCACAGAGAUUAAGGAUUACUUGAAGAGCUUUGGCAAUGUGGAGUGCAAUCCACAGAGUUUCCUGGAGAACAACAACAGCCUCGACAAGUUUCUUGUCAUCAUUCAAAAUGAGGAUAUUGCUAUGCAUGUUCACAAGAUCCCUGCCCUAGUGUCUUUGAAGCAGUUACCGUCUGUGAGUUUUGCCGGUGUGGACAGUCUGGACGACGUGAAGAACCGCACCUAUAAUGAACUGUUUGUGUCCGGCGGCCUCAUCGUGUCUGAUGAGUUAAUCCUCAACUCGGACUUGAUGACGUUCGAUAAACUGCAGAGGUUGCUGAAGUUUCUGGAGGAGCAGAGCUCCAUCUGGCAGUGGAAGGUGCACUGCAAGACCCAGAAGAAGCUCAAAGAGCUCAGCAGGUUAAACGGUGAUACGAUGAGCAUGUUAAACCUGCUAACAACGUAUCAGAAGAAGCACUUGGUAGAUUUUCUACCCUAUCAUGAAUGUGACGCUCCCACAAAGACCGCCCCCGAUGUGGACUGCCUGGUCAAGCUGCAGGCCCAUCACACACAACACAGACACAUCAUCUUCCUCACUGAGAGAAAACUGGAGAUGCUCCCACACUUCUCCAGCCAUGGGAUCCUUGUCGCCAGUAUUGAAGACAUCUUGGACAACUUCACAAGCAUAAUCAGCUUCAGUCCACUCAAGAUGGAGCCACCCGCACCCACGGCCCCACCAGAAGCCGAGAAGGAAGACGUGCGUGAUGAAUGCGUAGAGGAGGAGGACAUGUCCUUGGACUCAGAGGACGAGACGAUGGCCAUCAGUGAGACGGCUGCCCCCCUCCCGAGCAAUGGCCUGCAGCAGCAGCAGCAGCAAUCAUCAAUCCUCCCCCCUCCGCCGCAGAUGCAGGAGUUCCGGCCACCCCUGCCUGAGAUGCCCCCCAUCCCAGACGCCAUGGCCCAGAACAGCCCCAUGUCCUACGGUAGCGCCAAGAUGGACUUUGCCCCCGCCAUCGCCCCCUUCCCCCCCGGACCCGAGCUGGGGGAUAACCUGGCGGUGAGUUUCGGGGUGAACCCUCACCAGAGCUACUUGUGUCCUGCGCCGUCACAGUGGAGCCCCUUCUCGGGCAGCACUGGCUACCCACUUCCAUCACAGCCCCCUUCCGUGUUGCCCCCCGCGUUACCCGGGCAACCCUUCCCCCAACAGUCCCCGAUGCCAAACCUCAGCCAGUCUCCGGCCGUUGGCUCGGACGAGAUGGCCCCAGGGGAGGUGCCCCCGGGACUCCCCCAGCCGCUCCCCGACGCCGAGGCCCAGAUGGGGGUGCCGGCGACGGGUGCGGUGACCCCGCACGCUGCAGGCAGUGCUCAGGAUGCACAGAGCAACGUCAUGGAGCCGAUGGCGCUCCCGUACCCCGACCACGCCGUCGGCCCUCCGAUGGGCAUGGGGUACGGCUGGGGGGGCAAUAUGGGGGUGAUGCAGCACAGCUACGGAGGCGGCCCGCCGCUGGGUUCGGUCGGCAGCGCAGACUCGGCCGAGCUGGCGGAUACAAAUGCUCAGCCGCCGCAGGGCAUGUCCCAGGCGGACGGUCUGUGGAAGGCCGGCGGCAUGUGUGAAAUGGCCGACGGCCUCACGCCGGGGCUGCUGCACCGUAGCCUCCCCCCUGUGCCUGCGCCUCCGCCUCCCCCCGGUAUGGUCAUCCCACCCUCUGCGUCGGGCCCCCCGCCCGGCCCCUUCCUGCACGCCGGAGUGCUGGGUGGCCCGACGGUGACGGAGAAGAGCUGUGGCACCCCGGGCAGCUCCACACCCAGCAGCCAGGGCAGCCGGACACCAGUGAGCUCGGGCCCCGACAGCCAGCCCACGCCAGGCCCUCCGGCCGGCAGGGGCAGCUCCGUGCCCCGCACCCUCCUGUCUGGAGCCGGCAGUGGGGGCAACGGGCACGGCCGUGGGGGCGCAACGGGGCACGCGCCUCUUCAGCCGCCUCCUCGCCAUGCCAACCACAGCGGCCCCGGUGGGUACAACGGCAGGGGGGCGAUGACUGUUCCGCCGCCGCUGCCACCUCCGCCGAUGGACAUGCACGGGGGCUUCAGAGCCAGGGGCGCACCGCCCAUGCCCAUGCGCUCCAGACCCGGGCGAGGACACAUGAGGGGGGGGCCUCCACCCUGGGGCCCUCCUCUAAGGGGUGCACCACCCCCACCUCCACCUCCGGACUAUUACUCGGACUACACGUACCCCUAAGUCAGUGCAUGACCAUGGGCCGGCCUCAACAGACUACUGGCAGAGAGAAUGUACAUAUUUGACUUUUGAGAGCACAUUUGGAUUUCACAGAAGGAGGCAGACUAAGAAAAAGGAACCUUGGUCUUUAUGAAUUCAGAGGCCCUGAAGUCCUGCUGUAAUCAAACCUGCUCUUCCUGAAGGAGGACUUUUGGGGGAAAUAAACAGACCUUGUUCAGACCACUAUAUUUAUAUUUGCCAAGAAAUGUAACAGCCUUUCAAUGUUUCAUUUUGUUGCUUCUUUUUGUUCCAAUUUUUCAACAAAUAGACAAAAAGGAAAAAAAAAACGGUUUGUGAACAAGGAAUAAAAUCAGACAAUAUUUUUUUAAAAAAACAAUAAGAGAAAUGUGGAUCACUCGUUUUAGCAUUCUUUUUUUUUUUUUUUUUACAUUCUUGGUUGUAAAAAUGUCUAUUAAAACAAGGUUGUAUCAAAACUCA